AUGCCGAAGAGGCGCAGGACCAGCGAGGAGGCGACCGAUGCGAGCGGCGAGGAUCUCAUCAGCGCCCUGCCUGACGCCGUCCUCCAGGUCGUGCUGUCCUUUCUGCCCUCGGACGAGACAGUGCGGACGUGCGUGCUCGCUCGGCGCUGGCGCCACCUCUGGAAGUCCACACCCGCCCUACGCAUCAUCCAGGGUGUUGUGAUGUACUGGAAUGCCGAGGAGAUGAAUAACUUCGUGAACUACCUUCUACUCUUCCGCGACCGCUUGCCCUUGGAUGAAUGUGAGAUCAGUUACACCAAUCCCUAUGGCCUUGCCAAUGAGGAAUACAGUGAGAUAUUCCGGUUUGCUAAUAUGUGGAUCCGCUAUGCCGUGUCGCUCUGCCAAGCUCAGGUGCUCAAAGUCUGCAUCCGCAAUGUGCCCGUCUAUCUGAUGUGUGGCAAUUCGACUCUCAUGUCACAGUUUCUCAGGAGGGUGGAGCUUACAGGUGUGAAUAUGUGGAAACAUUCACUAGACUUCUCAAGCUGCCCCGCAUUGGAGCAUCUGAAUCUGUGCUCUUCAGCAAUUUAUGGCCCCAAGAUCUCAUCCCAAUCAGUGAGACGUCUAAGCAUCACUCAAUGUGAAUUCAAUGUGAACACUGGUUCCCGCAUAUGUAUUUCUGCCCCAUGUCUUGUAUACUUGCAACUAGCUGAUGUUUUUGGGACUGCUCCUCUGCUUGAGAGAAUGCCGUUGUUGGUAACAGCAUUUAUCAGGCUUGGUCACGGUGGUUUUGGUACCUGUACACAUGAAGCUUACGGGGAUUGUGAUGAAUGUUUUCCCUAUGGUGGCUCCUUUAAUUAUCGUGACAGCAAUGACUCUGUGCUUCUACAAGGCUUGUCAGGCACCACCAGUUUAGAGUUGACGACUAUUGAUCCUGAUGUGUUCACUUUCAGAAAGGAUUUGAAACAGUGCCCUACAUUUAGUAUGCUCAAGACAUUAUUACUCAAUGAGUGGUGUGUAGUGGCUGACUUUGGUGCACUAGUUAACUUUCUUCAGUGCACGCCAAUUCUGGAGAAACUUAUUAUUCAACUUCGACUUGAAAAGCUUCCGAGAGAGAAUUCUAUGAUAGAAACGUAUGAAAGCUAUAACCCAGCAGUACAGUUGGUAUUGAAGCAUCUCAAGGAAGUAGAAAUCAAAUGUCAUAAGGAAGACGAGGUGGUUUGCCAGAUUGUGAAGAUCUUGAGUACCUUUGGAGUACUUUCUGAUCAAAUUGACAUCCAAGUUAUCCAAAAGGCAUAUGUUUCUGGAAGUUUCAGCUUCGAGCAGACUGAGAUCCUGGAUUGA